AUGUUCCUUCAGUCUGAAGAAUCUCAGUUGGCGAAUUUACCUAGUACACCCCUCAUUUCUGUGCCCGGCCCACUCGAGGAGUUUACCCCAUUCUCCCGAUUACCUUUAGAAUUAAGACGCAAGAUCUGGGGAUUCGCAGCUCUAUCCCACCCAAGAAUCUUUGAACUGGUAUGGUGUAGCUCUGAAAAUUACCUUCAUCGAUUGUUCAAAGUUUCGAAACAGACCAAUAGUGUCCCACCAAUCCUGGAAGUCAACAGAGAGGCCCGUGAAGAAGGCAUGCGCACCUUCGAAAAGCGAGUAUUCAAUAAUUGCAACACCAAUACUGGAAGUCCUUUCAAAGUCGAAGGAGAAAAGCCUCAGUGUACAUGGUUCAAUCCCGAUCUGGACACAAUCUACUUUGGCGAAAAUACAUCACAUCUUCAAGGUUCCUGCAAAUGUAAUUGGAUUUCUAGAGACUGGAAUCCUGGUCACAGGAAGGUAACAAGUCUUCAAAUUCUUCAUGGCAAGCCUCCGAAAGAUGCAAAUUCGUCUAUGUUCCCAGGCUCACCCAGCACAAGGGAGGUUUCCAUCGUUCUCCCGUCUUUCAUAUACAGAUAUGCGGCAGGAGAAAUGCCAAAUACGAUCACUUUCCGUCCUUCCGUUCAUAAUGUUCUUGAGAUAGAUGGUGUACGAAUAGCUGCAGCAUGGGCCAAUGAAAUCCAUGAAAUUCGAUCCGGGCUUGACUUCGGAUGGGGACCAAGCAGAUGGAAAAAUGACAGUUGUCCUGAUUUCGAUUUUGUUUCCUUUGCUCCAAGUUAUAAAGAUGGAAAGGGAAAGAAACUCAGACACGAUGGUUUCCUGAUGUCUUCGAAGGACUGUGAAAGAAUCACUGCGCAUGGAGGAGCAUUUCUGGAGGAUUUGAAGCUUCGUACUGGUGUUGAUAUACGAGUUGGGUAUUGCAGCAACUCAGAUGCUUACACUGGCUGGUUUGAGGCGGUGAACGAAGUCGGCCUUUUUAAUGGAACUAAUGAGGGUAUUAAACAAUGCGAAUUCGAAAUUUUGGCCCAUUGUCUUAAUGCGAGAGAUGAACCGGAUGUUGGCAUUGAUAUACUCUAG